UAAUUAAUUACGGUGGUAGAAAAGGUUGUUGAACUUAAACAAAAAAAAAACGUAAUAAAACGCAAAAAAAAAUUAUUUCGAAAAAGUUAUUUUUCCGUAACUAAUGCAUUUGAGAGCAUAAUUCAAAGGAAAGAUAGAGGCAUACUUUUUUGGAAGUGGAAUGGACCAUACAAAUCCCAGCAAUAUUAAAGUUUCUCAGUAUAAAAGCAAAAUGUUUUUUCCAAGUCAAUCAGAGUUUAGCAUAACUUCAAAGUGUAUACAAUAAUUGUACUUUAGACUGCUUUAGACAUUUUUUCCAAAUAACAAUGGCAAUAACUAUUAAUAUUAUUCUCAUGGUUUCAUUUACGAUAAUGAUAGCAUUAAAUACAGAACUAGUUUCAUGUGGAGGAGGUGGAACUCAUCAUCAAACAGUAAAAAUUGAAGUUCCUUAUAAAAUACAUACAGUUCACCAUCAUCAUACUGAAAAAUAUCCAGUUUACAAAAAGGUAGAAGUACCUGUAGUUAAAGAAGUAAAAGUGCCUUAUCCAGUUCAUGUUCCAGUUAAAGUGCCUUAUCCCGUUGUCAUUAAACCUCAUGUUGUAACUGUCCCAGUUCAUCAUCAACCAAUUCAUACAGAAGAGCAUAAACAUCAUGAGUCACAUUCUCACCAUGAAGAACAUGACGAUAAAGAUUGGUAAUCAUCCAUAGUCAUGUAAAGCCCAAAAAAACUUUACGAUCAUGUUAAAUCUUAGAUCAUUUAAUAAAGACUAAUUAAGACGAAAAAAAGAGAGAUGUUAAAUUGUUUUUAAG